AUGGCUGACAUUACCUGUGUGACUGACAUUAUAUAUAUGGCUGACAUUAAAUGUAUGGCUGACAUUAAAUGUAUGGCUGACAUUAAAUGUAUGGCUGACAUUAAAUGUAUGGCUGACAUUAAAUGUAUGGCUGACAUUACAUAUAUGGCUGACAUUACAUAUAUGGCUGACAUUACAUGUGUGGCUGACAUUAAAUAUAUGGCUGACAUUACAUGUGUGGCUGACAUUAAAUAUAUGGCUGACAUUACAUGUAUGGCUGACAUUACAUGU